GUGAUAGGUGGUGAUGAGUGAGUUAUUAGUGAGUGAGACCUGGCUGGGUCCCUGGCAGCCUCUCAUCACUGUCUUCUCCUAAAACGUCCGCGCACCCUUCACUUCUCCUCCACAAGUUCUCACAUCACAUCCAUCGUGCUAUGACUCUCCGCCAGCCCUCCAUCUACUCGACUCGCACUCGUUGAAUCUGGAUCCUUUCUGCCUGUUCUAUCCAUGGACUGUCUCGCCUCACAUAUAUCCGUCCAUCUUUCGUAGCCUUCAUUCUCCACUGGCUUGGCACUAUUCUGCCUUGAAUAGCGCAUACAUUAUCUUGCUUAUGUUCCUGUACACAGGUUACUAUAUAUCCUCAGUCACUUCGAUUUUCCCAUUCCAAAACAGCAUAUCGCCUUAGAAACAAUCGCAUCACAAGUCAUGGCGCGCUCUGCAUACUCUGAACGUAGCGACAGCGGUACUACUGCGUCAGGCAGAAGUCACCACAGCGACGAUUCUUACUACUCAAGAAGCACCGCUCCCACCGACCUUGACGUCCGACAGUACGACUACCUUGAUCGUCAGCUAGAACCGUGCAAUCAGGAGCAAUAUCAACAACACUCGUACGAGAAGAGUCGGGAAUCUGUUCAAAGUGUGGACACCUACACGUCCACUGACGAGGAAGAGAUCGAGGACGCUGAUGACGAACGACCAGCUUACGAAGUACCUCCUUACAGUCAUCAUGAAGUCUAUCCGACAGAUGCUAUUCCUACCACGCCUCAGGAUUUUGGCCGCCUGUUCCCCUCCACCAAGCGACUAGUCAUUAGGCAUGACGACGCGACCAUGGACGGAAACAUGAACCUUCGCGUAGAUACUGGAUAUACAACAAGAGAUAACAGGAGACUCACCAUGACCCUGUUUCAUCUGCGUAUGCACGACUUACGCAGUAGAGAUUUCUCCCUUCGCCGAUACUGCCGCGAGUCAGGACGUGAAGUAUGCCAUUCUAUCAGGAAGUAUGAAAAGCCUCCGGCAGACCGGCCAUCUCUCCAGAGAUCUAUGAGCAGUGCGUUGGGUGUAUUUCGACUCAAAUCCGAUUCUCGUCCAGCUACUGCCUCAGGCAUGACACGUGCAGACUCCGGAUACGAGUCUGUUCGAAAUUUGUCGUUGGACGAUGAUACUCCAAACGGUGUGGCAGAAACUAGUCGCCGUGCUCGUCAGUUGAUACCCACUCAGACUAUCAAAUUGGAAUUUUCAAACUACGCUCACGUGAACGUGAAACGAAGAGGUGCGGGAUCCAACAAGCGAUACACAUUCGAAUACUGGGGCAUCAAGUACAACUGGAGACGUACUGUCCGCAAGGAUGGAAGUCUAGACAUCAUCUGCUACCACCUAAUGAGGGAUCACGAUGAUGCAGUCGUUGCCCAGAUGGUUCCUAUGCGUCUGACACUAGAGCAGAGGCAUGAGGAAGCGGCCAAAGGUGGCUGGAUACCGCCCUCAUAUCUCCGAAUUCUGGAUCCAUGCGUACUCGAAAACAAGCCGGACAUUUCAGACAUUGUGGUUUCCAGUGCACUCGUGGCGCUAGUAGACGACAAUAUCAAGCGUCGGUUCCACUCAAAGCAAACAACACAAUUGCAAAUACCCCUUCCACUAUCCAGAAAUGGCUCGUGGAAAAUGAAUGUCGAUUAUGUUGGGCCUAAGCGCCUUAUCGACGAGAUGUUUCACAAGAGAUAGGAGCCUCUCCUUUUGGUGACGCCGCAUAUCUCUGCACCCAGCCGCGCGCCCGGUCACACCGUCUAUUGGCUGACGUCGUUUUCUGCACCGCCGCAUAACGUCAUCAUUGUUUGACAACCUUCACCGCCAGUGUGCACUUUUCAUCGUUGCAGUUACGACUGCCAAAUAUUUGGGACCGGAACAUCUAUUCAUAAUGCGUAGUAUCGACAUAUUAUAUGUUGCAUAACUUGGUCGGCUGUUUGUCUCUCAUUUGGCGUUUAGAGGGAACGACAUGGGUCCAGAAUACCCGCUUGGGACUAAGCACAAUGAUGAGACUGGAUUUAUGUUUGGCAUUUACGAACUUCUGAUACAUAGUGUAUGUUGUCUAUAAUGACCUG